GAACAGUAGAGCCAAAGGCAACCCUACUCUGAGAAAAGAAAAGUCGACCUUAGCAAGUUUUGUUGAAAUACUCUUGAAUUUAUAAAGGUUAUAAGCUGCCAUUUAAAAGCAUGGCCUCUUCGGAAGUUGCAAGGCACCCAGAUAAAGGAGCUCGGCCCUUGUCUCUAGCCGGUCAUGUAGGCUUUGAUAGCCUUCCAGAUCAGCUUGUCAACAAGUCCAUCAGCCAGGGCUUCUGCUUCAAUAUUUUAUGCAUUGGUGAGACAGGUAUUGGGAAAUCUACCUUGAUGGACACUCUAUUUAAUACAAACUUUGAGAACUUUGAGUCAUCCCACUUUGAACCUCAAGUGAAGCUGCGGGCUCAAACUUAUGACCUGCAAGAGAGUAAUGUCAGGCUACGCCUCACUGUGGUCAACACUGUUGGCUUUGGAGACCAAAUGAACAAGCAAGAAAGCUAUCAGCCGGUGGUGGACUACAUUGACAAGCAGUUUGAGAGUUAUCUUCAGGAGGAGCUAAAAAUCAAGCGCUCUCUGCAUAACUACCAUGACUCACGAGUCCAUGCCUGCCUUUACUUCAUCUCCCCAUCAGGUCACUCACUUAAAUCCCUGGAUUUGGUUACAAUGAAGAAACUUGACAGUAAGGUAAACAUCAUCCCAGUCAUCGCCAAGGCCGACACAAUCAGUAAGAGUGAGCUGCACAAGUUCAAGAUCAAAAUCAUGAGUGAGCUGGUCAGCAAUGGUGUGCAGAUCUACCAGUUCCCGCUGGACGAUGAGACCGUGGCUAAGGUCAACACUACUAUGAAUGGUCAUCUUCCUUUUGCUGUAGUAGGGAGCACAGAGGAAGUUAGUGUUGGCAACAAGAUGGUGAAAGCUCGUCAGUAUCCAUGGGGCAUUGUCCAAGUGGAGAACGAGCACCACUGCGACUUUGUGAAGCUGAGGGAGAUGCUCAUUUGUGUAAACAUGGAGGACCUGAGAGAGCAAACCCACUCUCGUCACUAUGAGCUUUACAGACGCUGCAAACUGGAGGAAAUGGGAUUCAAGGACACUGACUCGGAGUGUAAACCUGUCAGUUUACAGCAGACAUAUGAGGCCAAGCGACAGGAGUUUUUGGCAGAACUGCAGAAGAGAGAAGAUGAGAUGAGACAAAUCUUUGUGCAGAGGGUGAAGGAGAAGGAGUCAGAGCUGAAGGAAGCUGAGAGGGAGCUGCAGGGUCGUUUUGAGCAGCUGAAGCGCCUGCAUGCAGAACAGAAAUCAGCUCUGGAGGAAAAGAAGAGGCUUCUGGAGGAGGACCAGAGUUCUUUCAUGAAGAGACGGGCCGCAGCUCAACUCCUGCAGGCCCAGAGCCUCACCGUCAACGGCAAGAAAGACAAGGACCGCAAGAAUUCUGGCUUCAUGUGAAGGCUUGAAUCUGAAAAACCAUUUACCAGUAUAACCAGUGGCAUUCUGUCCACCUCUUCAUCUGGUCUCCAACACUAACAAGACACACAAAUGCAUCGCGUGUGAGCUCCAUUUGCCAAAGUUUAAAGACUCUUUCCAAAAACCCCAUGUAUACCUUCCUCCACUGUAUUUUAUCCUUUAUUGUAGCAGUUUUGUUGUAUCAGUUUUUAUAUUUAUCCUCAUUGUUUAUGUAAAACCUUCAAUUUGUUUGUGACUUCUGUUUUUAAUCUUUUGCUGAGAGGAAACCUCACACAUCCCAUUCACUAGAGGUUUACGAAUCACA